AUGGACGAGCCACAGAGAAAUAAAUCCCACAAGAGCAAGACCGUUGGCAACAAGGCCGCCAAGAAGGAUGCGCUGCGCAAGCGCCGUGUCGGCAUCGAUCUCGAACAGAACCGCGGCAGCAAUGUCAAGGCGUUCGCAGGCCCCAGCGCCGGCGGCCACAAGGCGCAGAAGUUCUUCCGCUCCAUUGAGAAGAAAGAGACUGCCUUGCAUGUGCCGACAAUGGACAAGACACUGUGCCACGUCGUGGCCGAGCCGCCGUUGCUGGUAGCCGUUGUCGGGCCACCCGGCGUUGGCAAGACGACACUGAUUCGGUCCAUGGUAAAGUUCUACUCAAACCGCAACUUAACCUCGGUGCGCGGCCCCGUGACGGUAAUAUCUGGUCGCUCACGCCGCAUCACCUUCAUGGAGUGCCCUAAUGACUUGGCUUCCAUGUGCGACGUGGCCAAGGUAGCGGACCUUGUGCUGCUCAUGGUAGACGGCAGUUAUGGCUUUGAGAUGGAGACGUUUGAGUUUCUCAAUAUUGCGCAGGUGCACGGCUUUCCCAAGAUAUUCGGCGUAGUCUCACACCUCGAUGUUCUCAAGACGGGAAAAGCGAUGAAGAAGCGCAAGAAGUUUCUGCGGCAUCGCUUCUGGCACGAGGUGGCGGCUGGCGCCAAGCUCAUCUGCCUCUCCCCCAUGGUGCGCGGCAUGUACCGACCGACCGAUGUGCUGAGCCUGCACCGCCUGCUCAUCUGCGUCGAGCCGAAGAUUCAGGCCUGGCGCAACACACACAGUUGCGUUGUCAUCGACCGCAUGGAGGACAUUACGGACCCAGACGUUGUCGCCAAUAACCCACUGCAUAGCCGCACCGUCGCCUUCUACGGCUACGCCCGCGGCAAGCCGAUGAAGCCAGGCCAGCUCGUGCACAUACCCGGCCUCGGCGACUUCCCAGUGGUGCACCUCUCCCACCAAGCUGAUCCCUGCCAGCUGGACAAGUGUAGCCGAGACAGCAAGGAGGGCGGUAACCACCGCAUGCGCCACCUCAGCCUGAAGCAGAAGAAGCUCUAUGCCCCGUACUGCGACAUAGGUGGCAUCAGCUACGAUGAAGACGCCAUCUACAUCCAGGAGGACGCCGCGAAGGAGGCGAUCGAACGCAGCGGCGAGGGUCUGCGGCUGUUGCAGGAGCUGCAGAACGCACAGCCAAUUAACGCGGCACAGACGAAGCUGCGCGUUGUGCCCCACCGGCGCCGCCCAAUGAACUUCCGAGACGACGACACAAUGGAGCUCGACAUGGAGGAAGUGCGCAUGCCCUCCGACGCCGAUGACGACGACUGGAGCGACGACGCAGGCGCCAAAGGUGGAUGCAGCAACAUCGUUAUCGACUCAGACGAUGACAGCGGGAAGCGCGAGCGCCAGCAGCGCGGCAUACCGCGACUGUCCGACUUCGGCGUCCCCGAGGACGGAGGGGACGAGGCUGCCAUCGGGGGCAGUGACGAUGAUGAUGAGGGCAGCGGUGAGGCUACUCUGGCGCCCCGUCUGCUCAACGAUCCGGACUCCAUUCGACUGAACGUCAUUCGGCAUGACUGGAGCGAUGCCUCGCUGCUGCGCUCGCUGAAGGACCUCUGCGUCACUGGAAACUGGGAGGCCAGCGCGCAGGGAGGCGACGAGGAGGACGCCAAUGCUGUAGAGGAGGGAAGCAAGGGUUACGACACCAGCGAUGAGGACUUUGAGUUGGAAGCGCGUGGGGAAAAGCCCAUGACGUGUCACGGUAACGGGCGGAUCGGCGCCGCCGCUGUUGCGGGCUUCUCCACCAACGGGUCUGGCGGAGAUGGCGAGUCCGAGAACAGUGACGACGAUUUCGGCUUUGGGGAGGACAGGAAGAGUACGCAUGGCACCGCAGCCGCCCCCGUGAGGAGGAACGCUCUGGCGUCCAUCGGCUACGGCCGCAGCAGCAGCUGCGGCGGGCGCGGCUCCCCUCGUUGGGGUGAGGGGGCGGAUGUAGAUGACGAGUACGACGGCUACAACGUCCUCGACGACGACAGCGACGGCGGUGAGGUAGCCGCCAACGACAAGGCUGGUCGCAGUGUUUUGGGCGGAACCGAUUCGGAGCUGGAAGGCCUCGUCUCCACCUUCCUGACGCACGGCACCUCACGCAACGGCAAUCGCAGCAGCCGAGGCAGCGAGCUAACAGCCGCAAAGGCCGGCUUCGACGGCGAAGACGGCAUCGAGUUCUUCGACGAGGCGACGCGCUACAACCGCGACGACGACGGCGAGGAUGACCGCCCACGUCCGCGCAGGCGCCAUGUCAACCCGCAGGAGGAGCGCAACGCCGACAAGGAGGCAGGCGCUGAGGCCGCUGUACGUCAGGGCGGCAGCCUCACGGCGGAGCAGGAGCGUCUCUUGCUGAAGAAGAUGGCGAAGAAGCGCGCCUUCAACGACGAAUACGACACUGGCGACGCUGAUGGCGGCAAAAACACAACCUUCAGUUAUUACCACCGGCUGAACCGGCAGGUGGAGGAGAAGAAGGAACGCAUCAGCGAGGCCCUCGACGAUGUCGGCGACGACAUUGAGAAGAAGAUCCAGCUGGUGGGCUAUUUCAGUGGCCUGUAUCUGCGCAUUGUGAUCGACAGUGUCCCUGUCGAGUUCUUCAAGGCAUUCGACCCUGCCAUACCGCUGCUUGCGGGCGGCGUCAACGCUGGCGAAGAUGAGUUCUGCAUCGUGCAAGCCCGCCUCAAGCGCCAUCGGUGGUUCCCGAGGAUCCUCAAGGCGCAGAAUCCGCUGCUUCUUUCGAUGGGCUGGCGCCGCUUUCAGACACAACCGAUCUUCGCCACAGAUGACCCGAAUGGGCGGCACCGCUACCUCAAGUACACGCCACUGCACAUGCACUGUAUGGCUGCCUUCUACGCACCUGUGGCUCCACCAAACACUGGGUUUCUCGCCAUCCCGGUUCGAGAUCCGCGCGUCUCCUCCUUCCGCAUCCCAUGCACAGGCUACACGAUUGGCAAUGACGUCUCUACGUCCAUUGUGAAGAAGCUGAAGCUCACUGGCACACCAGCUAAGGUGGAGAAGACGACGGCAUUUAUUAAGGGCAUGUUCAGCAGCGACGUGGAGGCGACGAAGUUCAUUGGAGCGAAGCUGAAGGCCGUGUCAGGCAUUCGCGGUAUCAUCAAGUCUGUCAUGAAAGGUAAGCAAGGGCUCGUGCGCGCCACCUUCGAGGACAAGCUAUUUCCGUCUGAUAUCGUCUUCAUCCGUGCGUGGAAGUCGGUGGAGCCGCCGCGAUACUGCUCCAUGCAGCGCAACUUGGUGGAUCCGGAGUGGGUCGGCAUGCGCUCCAUGCGGGAGCUGCGGUUGGACUACAACGUGCCUCUUCCCCGCAACGACGACUCGGAGUACACAGCGAUCAAGCGCCGCCACCGGGUCGCUGAGGAGGACGAGGACCUCACCAAGCAGAAGGUGCUUCUCUCGCGUAACCUCAAGCUGCAGCUGCCGUACGACAUGAAGGAAGACUUCAUUCCGGUCAACAGAGAUACAGCACUACAGGAGCGCAUUAAGGGGGCGACCACGGUAGCACCAGAGCCGCGUGAACAGCGGCGGCAGGCCCUGCUCGACACUUUCUCGGAUCGGGCGGAUGCCAUGGAGCAGAAGAAGGACGCGGCAAAGAAGCGCGCGCGCGAUCGGUCGGCGAAGAAGGCGGUAAAAGAGCAGGAGGAGUAUCUACAGGGCCUGAAGAAAGCGAAGAAGGACACGGCCCGCAUGCGCGAAUUCCGCACGCAGCACAAGUCACGCAAGUGA